AUGUCGUCACCAACCGCUGGGGCCGCCGGUGCGACCACAGGAAGCGACGAAACGCCGAAAGCAGGUGUACAGGACCAAAAUUUGACUGGGAAGGACUCAGCGGCAACAGCUUCGUCAGCCAUUGCAGAGAGCUCCUCUGUGCAAUCACAGGAGUCCAAAGAGUUGGACAAGACACAGGGGGAAGACAAUGCGGGAACUACCGAGUCUACCAACACCGCCGCGAACGCUUCUACAGACAACGGCAUUGCGGUGCCUACUAACGCCGACGCUGUUGCGCCUGCUAACGCCGCCCCUACUGCUCCAGAUGGAGAGCCCUCGAGCUCAGCUGCAGCUUCAGCUGCCGAGGCGGCUGGUGAGGAAGUGAAGCCUGCAAAGAAGCAGGAGCUCUUGGCGAAUGGGCUGCCCAAAAUCGUGUAUGAUUUGCCGUCUGGGGGACCGCCGUCUCGCACAUGUGACGGUGGAGUUUACCUCGACGCUGCAGACUCCCAUUUGGACCUGCAAAUUAACAAGGAGAAUCCGUUGAAGGCCAGCUGCAUGCAUACGGGGGGAUUCCAGUACAUGUGGAAGGGGGUGCGAUCAACAUUCGGCGUAAAGGGGAAUGGCAAAUUCUACUUUGAAGUCAAAGUUGGCCCCAAACCUGCGCCUGUUGUAAUGCCGGACACCCCAGCGAGCACUCAACAUGUCUGCCGCGUCGGCGUUAGUCAGCCCCUCACGAGUCUACAUUUGGGAGAUUCUGCUGAAUCAUGGGGUUUUGGCGGGACAGGUAAGAAGUCGACGGCGCGCAAGUAUCUGGACUAUGGCACAUCAUUUGGCGAAGGCGACGUCAUAGGGGUGGGGAUAGAUUUAGACAACUUAUCUCUAUCUUUCAAAAAGAAUAAUGAAUACCUCGGGGCCGCCUUCCAGCUUCCUGCGAUCGUGAGGGAAACAGGACUCUUCCCACAUAUCUACGUUAAGAAUUUUGACUUUGAAGUUAACUUCAGACAAAGUACAAAAUGGUUUGAGCCGCCGGGAAGUGAAUUUAGAUUCGUUGGAGAUCUGAAACAAGAGGAAUUGAUACCGAACCCAGUAGAGCACCCUCGCAGUGUAUCAGAAUGCGAGUUUAUAAUGAUGUGCGGCCUGCCUGCUUGCGGGAAGACUUACUGGAUAGAACGUCAUAUCGAGAAGUACCCGAAGAAGUCUUAUGUGCUGCUGGGGACAAACGCAGUCAUAGACCAAAUGAAAGUCAUGGGACUUAAAAGGCAGGCAAAUUACGCUAACAGGUGGGAGGAGCUCAUGUCCACAGCCACUGAGGUUUUCAACAGUCUCGUGGCUUAUGCAGGGUCGGGAGUGGUGCCAAGGAACGUCAUUAUCGAUCAAACAAAUGUAUUCAAAAGAGCCAGAGCGCGUAAAGUGCAACCUUUUCUAGGUUGGGGCACUCGACGCUGCGUCGUGAUGGUUACGGAUGAGCCGACGUUGCAGCAACGAACGCAAAAGAGAGAGAGGGAGGAGGGGAAGAUGGUACCUGUGGCGGCAGUCAUGGAUAUGAAAGCGGCUUUUGCAUUGCCGUCCACCGAUGACGGCUUUACGGUGAUUGAUUAUGUGGAGAUGCCGGAGAGUGAAAGCAGAAGAGAAAUAAGGAGAAUAAAUGAAGAGGGAAGAGCCUUCAAGGCGAACAAUCCGGGCCUGAACAAUAGGCAACCGAAACCCCACAUAGAAGCCAGAGGGGCUUUCAGUGAAGCCGAUAUGAGCUCAGCAAAACGGCACAAAGGCGACCAGUGGCAGGGGGGAAACUAUCAGUCUUGGUCUCAUCAGGGCGGCGGCCCUGGGGCCCCUUAUGGUUCCCCUCAUGGUGGUCGAAAUGACUGGGGUCAAGGACAGCAACACAGCUGGGGCGGUAGGGGUCCCCAAGGCGAGUGGCAUGAACAACACCAAGGUAGUUGGCAAGGCAACAGUGAAGGUGGAGGAAUGAGGUACUCGUCGCGGGGGAAUGGAGGCUACGGUUAUGGGGCUCAGUGGUCGGAGUCUGAAGAAUACAGGUCUCACUAUCAGUCACACCAGCAAUACGGGCAGAAGCAGGGCUAUGGAGACGGAUACUAUGGGCAGCAGCAUCAGCAGCAGUACGGUUCGUAUGAUUCACGGUAUCGGCAGGGGGGCGGGGAUCAGCAGCAGCAGUGGCAGCAGUCUUACGGUAACCGGCAGGGGCAGUACGGAGGCGGAGGCAACAGAGACUGGCAGGGUUAUCCCCCACAAGGCGGGAGCAGAGGCGGCGGGGGUUAUUCUGGGGGUGGCUAUUACCAGCAGCAUAGUCGUUACUGA